GAAUUGCGUGUAGCGUCGUGUUUAAGUCCCAUCAAAACUAUUGUCGUCUAAUUUGCCGUCACGCAUCUGAAUUUCAGUUUCUGAAAAUUUCGUUCUUAGUUUUUCUUUAAUUUUUUUAAAAUUAUACUUCGUAGACUGCAGACUUAGUUUACUUUCAUAAGCUUCAUUCAUUUGGCGACUAGUUUGACACAUUCUUCUUAUGAGCAAAACACGAGUUAAAUUGUUUUAACAAAAAGGUUCUCAUUGACUCAAAAUGGGUGAGGUUCCAGAGCCAAAAGUUAGCAUGUUUGAAAAGUCAUGCCAAACGUGCGACCUGAAACUAAACUUAAAAGCUUGUGGUGGAUGUUACGCCGUGUUUUACUGUUCCAACGAGCAUCAAAAGGCCGACUGGAAAUCACACCGAACCUCGUGUAGAGAAAUGCAGAUAGCAAGUUUAGUUCAAAAAGCAAGUGAAUUAGAGGACGUAGUUGUGCUUUUGGAAGUCAAGAGUGCGGAGGGUUAUGGACUAAAAAACCACGUGAUUCAUCAUUUUUUCAACACAAAGGCGCAGGCAGUGGACUAUGUCGCAGAAAGAUUCAAAACGAGUCAAGUAAAGUUAGAUUCAAGAAAAUUGACAGAGAUGCCGUUUUUGACAGAGAUACUGGGCUGGACGGAGUGCGAACUGUACGUCAAUCCGAAAACUCAUGAAUUCUUCCAACCAGGCCAUGACUUCUGGACGUGUUCCGGUUAUAAUAAUAGGAUGACUCAAGGUCAACCUGGAGGAGAGCGGACUCUGAAUUCAACCGCAAUCUAUCUCGGAGUAUCACUCACGACAGUAAUGUCCCGCUUCUUUGACGCAAUUGGCACUGCAUUCUUCAUGGGCAAGAGAAAUGGACGAUAUGUGACUGGGAAUAUGCUAUAUGGGGCCCUGCUCAUGAUACACGAUGCGACUGAGAAGGCCGGCUCAGAAGAUGACAGCCUAUUGAUCAAAAUAUUCAAGAAGUGGGGACAGAGUUACGCAGUGAACAAAUGGACCCCCGAAUGCAGCAAUUGUCAUGACCUCAAAAGAGCAGGAGAAGUCUUCUCUCACGAAUUUGACGAAAGUACUUCAACUGGCAAAGCCAUCCACAAUUAUGAAUACAAAGAUCACAGACAGAAAUUUGAGAGAGCGAAGUAAAACCAAAACGGAUUGAAUUACAGAUAUA